AUGGACGGUGCCGUAGAACCCUCCAAGAGCGCCCUGAAAAAGGCCGAGAAGCAGGCCAAGCUCGCCGCUGAGAAGGCAGCCAAAGCCGCCAAGAAGACUACCGUCCCCGUUGUUGGCGGUAAGAAGGCCGAGAAGAAGGCCGACGACAUCAUCGGCAUCACCGUCUCCAAGGCGGAAAACUUCCCAGCAUGGUACCAGGAGGUUGUUCUCAAGUCCGACAUGGUCGAGUACUACCAGGAGAUCUCGGGCUUCUUCGUCCUGCGUCCCCUGGCCAUGCACGUCUGGAGCGAGAUCCGCAAGUGGUUCAGCGGACACAUUGAGGAGAUGGGCGUCGACGAGGUCAGCUUCCCGCUGUUCCUGUCCUCCAAAUCGCUGGAGAAGGAAAAGGACCAUGUCGAGGGUUUUGCCCCUGAGCUGGCAUGGGUCACCAAGGCCGGCGAUAAGGACCUCGAGGUCCCGGUUGCGAUUCGUCCCACCUCCGAAGCCGUCAUGUACCCCUACUACUCCAAGUGGAUUCGCAGCCACCGAGAUCUUCCCUUGCGACUGAACCAGUGGAACUCGGUCGUCCGGUGGGAGGCCAAGCAGACGACUCCCUUCCUCCGAACCCGAGAGUUCCUGUGGCAGGAGGGCCAUACCGCACACCUGACAGAGGACCUCGCCGGCAAGGAGGUCCUGGAGAUUCUCGAGCUGUAUGCUGGUGUCUACGAGCAGCUUCUUGCUCUCCCCGUCGUUCGCGGCACUAAGACGGAGAAUGAGAAGUUUGCCGGUGGCUACUACACCACGACGGUGGAGGGAUACGUGCCUGCCAAUGGUCGCGGCAUUCAAGGUGCCACGUCCCACUGUCUGGGUCAGAACUUCAGCAAGAUGUUCGACAUCACUGUGGAGGACCCGCACAACAAGGGCCAGCACGUCCACGUGUGGCAGAACUCGUGGGGUCUGUCGACUCGCGUCAUUGGCGUUAUGGUCAUGGUACAUGGCGACGACAAGGGUCUUGUUCUCCCUCCCCGCGUUGCCAAGAUCCAGACUAUCCUCAUUCCCGUCGGUAUCAAUAAGAGCACCACCCCCGAGGACCGGAAGAAGCACGAGGAGCAAGUCGACAGCAUCAGGAAAACGCUGAGGAAGGCGGGCGUCCGCGCUGAUUCUGACUGGAGAGAGGGCUACACUCCUGCGUGGAAGUUCAACGACUGGGAGCUCAAGGGCGUUCCCCUGCGAAUCGAGUUCGGUCCCAAGGACGCCGCUAAGGAGGUGGUGAGCUGGGCGAGACGAGACACGGGCGAGAAGGGCGUUUUCCCUAUCGCCGAGGUGGGCACCAAGGUGCCAGAGCUGCUGGAGACGAUCCAGAAGGACAUGUACACUAAGGCUGAGGCAUCUUUCCGGGAGCAUCGCCUCAAGAUCACCAAGUGGGAGGAUGUUCUCCCAGCCCUGGACGACAAGAACGUUGUCCUCAUUCCGUUCUGCCUGGACGGCAAAUGCGAGGACCGCAUCAAGGAGCUGACGACGCGGGUCGACGAGCACCCUGAUCUCCCCGACAACCAGAAGCUUCCCUCGAUGGGCAUGAAGAGCUUGUGCAUCCCCUUCGACCAGCCUACUGGAGACGAGCUCGUGCCCGGCGAGACGGCCUGCCUCAACCCCGAGUGCAAGGGCAAGGCGCAGAAGUGGGUCAUGUUUGGACGCAGCUACUAA